AUGACGGCAAAGCCGAGUGGAAUGUGUCUUCCACUGGGAAAGUUCUGCAAAGCAGCAGAGGAAAUGGGGUUUCACGAUAGAUGGAUUCGAAUUCUGCGCAGUAGGGCCUACGAAUUGGUACCCAACUCUCAACUGGGUUAUGAAGCUAACAGUGAAAACCUGUUGGUAUCACUUAUCACUUUCUAUCAUAUCACUUUCUUGCAGUACACCGCUGGUAAAGCAAAUGGUACUCAUGCUGUGAAAAUAAUCGGAUGGGGACAAGAUGGCGACACACCCUAUUGGAUCAUCGCCAACUCGUGGGGCGACUGGGGAGAGCAUGGGUUCUUCCGCAUGGUUCGUGGAAUUAACGACUGUGGAAUCGAAGAAAGCGUAACUGCUGUGGUUGUCGGGAAUGGUCAAAAGAACCAGUGA